GCCUUAUUUAUUACACACCAAAAAGUAUAAAACCACACAGCCGGCUGCAGCUCUCAUCUCCAAACCUGGCAUUUGCCUGAGGCGACCACGGUGCCUCCAGCCCCGGUCAAGCUUCCCUGAGAGACUCUAUCGAUUUGCCGAGCCAUGCUCUGGAGGCAGUGCAUCUGGUGGCACCUGCUGGCUCUGCUUUUCCUCCCAUUUUGCCUGUGUCAAGAUGAAUACAUGGAGGUGAGCAGAAGAGCUAAUAAAGCGGCGGCCAGGAUAGUGCAAAGCCACCAGCAGACUGGCCGUAGCAGCUCCAGGAGGGAGAAAGUGAGAGAGCAGAGCCAAGCUAAAACUGGGGCUGUGGAUAAUAACACGUCUACAGACCUAAAACCCCUGAGACCAGAGGCGCUUCCGCACCCUGAGGUAGAGGACCUAGCCCAGAUCAACCCAUUCUGGGGCCAGUCUCCACAAGCUGGAGGACUGCCCCCAGACUGCAGCAAGUGUUGCCAUGGAGAUUAUGGAUUCCGUGGUUACCAAGGGCCCCCUGGACCUCCAGGUCCUCCUGGCAUUCCAGGAAACCACGGAAACAAUGGGAACAAUGGAGCCACUGGCCACGAGGGGGCCAAAGGGGAGAAAGGCGACAAAGGCGACCUGGGCCCUCGAGGGGAGCGCGGGCAGCAUGGCCCCAAAGGAGAGAAGGGCUACCCAGGGGUGCCACCAGAACUGCAGAUUGCGUUCAUGGCUUCUUUAGCAACUCACUUCAGCAAUCAGAACAGUGGCAUUAUCUUCAGCAGUGUUGAGACCAACAUUGGAAACUUCUUCGAUGUCAUGACUGGGAGAUUUGGGGCCCCUGUAUCAGGUGUGUAUUUCUUCACCUUCAGCAUGAUGAAGCACGAGGAUGUAGAGGAAGUGUACGUGUACCUUAUGCACAAUGGCAACACGGUCUUCAGCAUGUACAGCUAUGAAACAAAGGGAAAAUCAGAUACAUCCAGCAACCAUGCCGUGCUGAAGUUGGCCAAAGGAGAUGAAGUCUGGCUAAGAAUGGGCAACGGUGCCCUCCACGGGGACCACCAGCGCUUCUCCACCUUUGCAGGCUUUCUGCUCUUUGAAACUAAGUGAUGAGGAAGACAGGAUAGCUCCACUUUGGGGGCAAUUUGUAGCUGAGCUAGGGUUGUUAGGAUAUGAGGGAUGUUGAAGUUGGGGGUUCUUUAUGGAGCAUUUAACUGAUGCAUUGGUCACACUGCUACUCAUUCUAGGAUGCUUCAGGGGCUAUGAAGAAUAGGCCACAAGGUAAUCUUCCCAGAUGACCUUGGGAAAUGCUCAGCAUCUUCCCAGAUGACCUUGGGAAAUACUCAGCAUCUUCACUCUUCUUUACAAGUCUAAAGGGAUUGCCACCUGUUACAGGCUGGAAAUAAGUGCUCCCCUCAAAAGAUGCAUUUGCCAAGAGUUUUGGUGCUCUGUUUAAAUGUAGUAUUGGCUUUGGAGUCCCUUUGCCAUUGCAUUACUGGGGCUGUGGUAGAGCUCUCCUGACUCUGUACAACGCGCUGAGGUAAGACGAAGUUGAUAUAGUACAGAAGUUAUCACACUUUUUUUUUAAAAUUUGGGAAUUAUUCCCAAAUUUUUAUAUACACCAUGUUAUGUUGAAUGGGCUGUAAACUUAAUUAAAUACAGGCAGACAAAUGGAUGCAAAAUACACGUGUAUUCCAUUUAUGAGAUCCAUAACAUGUCUUAAAUGUUUUCAAUAAAAAUGAUAUUAUUUUCUCUA